ACCCGUGGAGCCAGGAUGAUCCAGCGGCACCAGCUGGUGCAGUCUGUGCUGCAGGAGCUGCAGGAAGCCACCGAAUGCUUUGGUCUGGAGGGCCUUGCCAGUGCUGCACUGGAGGCAGAGAGGACCCUCUCAUCUUUCUCCCUGCCUGGCUAUUGCAGGAGGCAAUUUCAAGAGGAGCUAGAAGUUGAUCGAGUAGCCAGGAGCCUGUACCCAGAGGAUGCUCCAAGUAACAUGCUGCCUCUGGUUUGCAAAGGUGAGGGGAACCGCCUCUUUGAGGCAGCCAGUGUACUGCUCUGGGGCAACCCCAGCCUCAGCCUGGAGCUGCAGGUGCGCACAGUGGUGGAGAUGCUGCUGCACAAGCAGUACUACCUGAGUGGCAUGAUUGACUCCAAGGUGAUGCUGCAGGCUGCCCGCUACUCACUCUGCACGGAGGAGACACCAGAGAUGACCAGCCUCCCCAUGGCUAUCCUGGAGGCUAUCUUCGAUGCAGAUAUCAAAGCUACCUGCUUUCCUGGCACCUUUGCCAAUAUGUGGCAUGUCUAUGCUCUUGCCUCAGUGCUGCAGUGUAACAUCUACUCAAUCUAUCCCAUGAGCAACCUGAAGAUCCGGCCAUAUUUCAACCGGCUCAUCCGGCCCAGGAAGUGUGGCCCUCAGACCUCCACUCUCCACAUCAUGUGGUCAGGGCAGCAGCUCUCCAGGCAGGUCUUCAAAGCACAGUACUUUGUGGCUGUAGUUGGUCUGGAGGAGCUGGAACCUACCAUACCUUCAUCAGAGCCUCCUGUCCAGCCCAUGAAGACUCUGGAGCUGCUGAAUAGUGACCCCCAGCUGACCUACUCCAACCUGCGUGACAGGUACAGCAUCACCAAGAGCACCUUCUACCGCUGGAAGCGCCAGUCUCGGGAACACCGGCAGAAAGCGGCUGCCAGGUUUGCAGCUAAACACUUCCUCCAGUCCUGCUUUCAAGAGGGCAACGUUGUCCCGCUCCAGCACUUCCGACAAAUGUUUCCGGAAAUCUCCCGAUCCACAUAUUAUGCCUGGAAGCAUGAGAUGCAGAGCAUGGUCAAUGGUGAUACCUCUGAUCUGACUGAGGCCCAUGGGUUGCGGGAGCUUCACAGGGAGGUUCCAAAGAAGGCUGAUGUUAAUGAGCCAACAAAGGCAGAGGCAAGUUUAAGGCCCCCGAGUCCUUCCCUAGACCCAGUCCAAGCAGGGAUCUUCAUGCGAGGAGCCAAAUCUUACCUGGAGAAAUGCAUCUCCAUGAACACUCUGGUGCCUUACAGGUGCUUCAAGCACAGCUUCCCCGGCAUCUCCAGGUCCACUUACUACAAUUGGCGAAGAAAAGCAAUCAAAGAGAACCCCAACUUCAAACCUCCCCAGCCUCCCUUGAAUAACCAGAAACCUCUACCCAUGGAAAAGCCACUUCUGCAGCUGAAACCAAGCAGCUUGCCUGCUAGGAAGAAGCUGAAUGGAGAUCAGCCGGCAGCCAGGAGUCUCCUGCAGCUCAAGCCCUCUCUGUGCUGGAGGAAGCGGCUGCGAGAUGUGGCCCGGAGACAGGUCCAGCAGUGGCAGCUGCCAUUCAGCAAGUUUUGCCUACGCUAUCCAACACUCUCCUCCACAACCUACUGGUUUUGGAAGGGUAGCAGCCGAGCAUCUGGGCAGCAUCGCCUUUGCAGCUCCAAUCGGCCUUUGAACAGGAUUACUUCCCUGGCACUGCAGAGAUCUGAGCCAAGUGUCAAGCCCCAGCUCCACAUGGAGGUAGCAACCAAGCAUCUGGACAAGUCAGCACCAGCCACUCCGUACAAUGCCACCAUUUCAGGCUACCCUGUGUCAGAGAGAGCCAACAGUCAGAUGUUUGUGAUGGAUGUGAUUGCCACCACCCAGUUCAAGGCACAAGCCAAGCUGUUCCUGCAGCAGCGCUUUGAGUCGAAGACCUUCCCCACCUACAAGGAGUUCAGUGCCCGCUUCCCCCUCACAGCCCGCUCCACCUACUACAUGUGGAAGCGUGCCCUGCAUGAUGGGCUGACCCUUGUGGAUGCAUGAGGUCCACCUGGCUGUGGUUCUCCAUUGAUGUGCCCUAUGACCUGCUGGUGGGGUGUCCAAGCCAGGGCCCAGGUCAAACUUUUGGUUUGUUUUUUUCUGUUUGUAGUCUCUUUUUUUUUUUUUUUUUUUUUUUUUUUUUUUUCUAUGUGAUUGAAUCAGGUAUGAGAAUGCCUACGCAGUGCCCGCUCCUGGAGAUGGAAGGAGUGGGAGGCAGGUACUGACUGCCCCAAAGGAGAGGGGCAGAAGGGUUUUGCCUUCUUUGCACUCAGGGAUCAAGUAGGGGUCAUAGGAUUCUGUCAGGCUUCCAGUGUAUACUUGAGGUAGAGGGUUUGAAGGCCUCUCUGUCCUGGGAAUUUGUGUGGAGGAGUGAUGGGGACAUGCAGAACUCAGCAUAGAGGUGCCCAGCAUCCCCUCGGUGAGAAGGAGGGGCUGGAGGAGUGCUCAGCACUGAAGUAUAAAUCUCUGAUCUGUGCUCCUCCUUGUUAAGGAGGUUGAAGGCUUUAUAUGAUGCUGCUUGGGCUUUGUGGCUUUUAAUACUUGUCCUGGCUGCCCUGAUUUCCCCUAGAGGAAACAGAGGCAGGUAGAGGGGAGGGGGGGUUGUUUUGUGUCCCUGAUGCAAUCUAUGCUGGGAACAUGUUGGGCUCCCUUAGCAAGCCAGAAGCUGGCAUCUUUUGUAGGCACUGAAGCAUCUUGACAGGACUUUUCUGGUCUUGUAGCAAUUACCUCUUUUGUGGUCCUUAACUCUCUCAGAGCUGCCUUAUCCUCUGUGUCUCUUCCCUAGUGCCUGUGUGAAGGUGUCUGCCUGCUGUAGGGCAGAGACCAGGUGCUGCAGGCCCUAAGUCUUUGCUUUCCCUGAAUCAUGCUACAAGUCCAGUGUGGCGUGGCUGUCACUUUACAGCAUGCCUGUGGCAGUCAUGGCUGUGCACACCCAAAUUGUAAGAAUUAAAAGCAAUAAAAACUUCCAUUCCCAGUCCUGUGUGGUUCUUCCCUUGUGCAUGAGGGAUCAGAAUGGUCCUGUGGGCACCCUUAGGAAGCCCUAGUGAUGUGAUGGAACAGUGCUGAGCGCCAGCAGGAUCUCACCACCAUUGAUACACCCCUAGAAAAUGUUCUUUGUGAGGAGAAUGAAUACUG